AGGCAACUGUAUACAAGGAGACAAAAUCAAGAGCACUGGCUGCAGCAAAUUAACCAGUUUUAUCAUAGGAAUGCCAAGUCCCAAGUUCUUUGGGACACAGUAAAUUACACAGAUAAAAAGUCAUAGACAUUAAAAGACAGUUCAUCUUUCCCAGCUGUUGCUUCAACUGAUAGGAGUAAGGAAGCAGCGCACUUUUCAGACUGAUUCUUGGCAUUGGUUCAGUGACACAAUGCUAAGAUUUUGCAUAAAUGAUAAAAUAAACAUGAUAAAAUAAUAAAUAUGAUAAGCAUGAUAAAAUAAAAAUUCUGAUAGUGUUACUGCCUUACCAGAAAGUGCUCGCAGCAAUUUCCAGUGGAGUGGGGAAUGUCACCUCACAUCAUGGCUUCCUGUCCCUUCAACCCAUCAUUGAAAAAACCCCAAAACCAAAGCCCACCCAAACUACUCACUGUCUUCUUCCAGUCAUACCUCAUACAACGAGAGGGCCCGCAAGCUUUUACAACAUUAUUUUUCCCCUUCCAUUUCAGCAAUUUUGCCAUGAUCUCUGCACAGCAGCCACCGUUCCCCAACAAAAUUCAAAAAGUAAUGGACGGCCAAACUGAGGAAGAAGAAACUUGUGAAGAGCAGUGUGACUCUGAAAACUGUACUUGCAGCUCCAAGCACGCAUCAUCAACAGCAGAACUGGGCUCAGAUUCACCAGUAACUCUUAAAAUACUGCAGAACUGGGUUCCUAGAGUUUCGCCCUACUUUGAUAAAGAGCACUACACGUACGUUGGCCACCAGAUCGUCAUUCAGGAGUCCAUAGAACACUUUGGAGCCGUCGUAUGGCCGGGGGCACUGGCUUUAUCUCAAUAUCUGGAAUCAAAUCAAGAACAAUUCAACCUCAAAGACAAAAAAGUUUUGGAAAUCGGCGCUGGAACAGGCUUGGUUUCCAUUGUGGCCUGUAUCUUAGGUACUGCUGGGAUUAGAAUUACCAUGGGAGAGAUGAGAGGAUACAUCCAUCGUGUGAUCUUUAGACACAUUAAAUUGAUAGCUGGCAAAACUAACACUACAUCAUUACUGACCAACAUACAUGCUCCUAGAUCACAGAAAGCAUGAAGAAAACCACCACAGAAACUAGCGAGCUACAUAAAUUACUUGCCAAGCAGUCACUGAAUCACAAAACGGUUGAAGGCUGAAGGUAGCUCUGGAGAUCGCCUAGUCUUAACACCCCUGCUCAAAGCAGGGCCAUCUAUAGCAGGUUGCCCUGGAUCAUGUCCGAUUAAGUUUUGACUACCUCCAAGGACUGAGACUUCACCACCUCUCCAGGCAACCCAUUGUAGCGUUUGAUCACCCUCACAAUAAAAAAACCCCAAACAAACCCCACCCCACACACCCAUAGAAAAAAAACAAACCUCAACUUUUUCUUAAGUAGAAGUUCCUGUGUUUUAGUUUCUGCCCACUGCCUCUUGUCCUGUCACUGGGAACCACUGGGAAGAGCCUGGCUCCAUCUUCUUUACUC